AUGGCCUCCUUCGAUGAAGCUCCUCCCGGAAACCCCACCGCCGGCGACAAGAUCUUCAGAACUAAGUGCGCUCAGUGCCACACCGUCGACAAAGGCGCCGGCCACAAACAAGGACCCAAUCUGAAUGGUUUGUUUGGAAGACAAUCUGGGACAACUUCUGGAUAUUCCUAUUCCGCGGCUAACAAGAACAAGGCUGUAAACUGGGAUGAGAAGACCCUGUAUGAUUACUUGCUUAACCCCAAGAAGUACAUCCCAGGGACAAAGAUGGUGUUUCCUGGUCUUAAGAAGCCUCAGGAUCGUGCUGAUCUUAUUGCGUAUCUGAAGCAGGCCACUUCAUCAGAAUAG